ACAUCGCCCAAAUAGCUUACUUCCUCACAGGACAUUUUCAUAUCUACCCAGAAUACCCCCCAUACGCACCAGAAGUCUCUCUCUACAGAGGAACAAACAUUACAAUGGCGUCUCCAACGGCUAGAGUGUCGUUCCGCAUAAUACUGGCCCUUCUGGUAGUGCUCGUUCUCUUCUACGUUGGUCGUCCUCUCUACUGGAAAAUCUCUGCCACUAUUCACGACAUCCAACAAAACAAACAAACCGUUAGAGGAGGUAUAUCUCAGAUUGUUCUGGAAGCUCAGAAAACGGUGGGGUGGUUCCACGACGAGUCCGAUUCCGGCGUCCGUGACAAUCGCAGCGGAGGAAAGGCUGCGGCUGCUAGGAGGAUUCUUCGUCAGGUUUUGUGGACGAAUUAAUUUCACAAUUUAUGUUUAUUUAUCACUGUAUUGUAAUUGAAUGAUGCAAUGUGAGUUCUUAUUGAUCGUGUAGAUCUGGAUAGUUUAAUUGCAAUAAUGAGAAAUUGUUAUGGUGUA